AUGUGUGGUUGUGACGCAGGCACAAGGAUCAAGCGUGGUCUAUUUCAUAGGAAACCAGCGGAUGCCCUGACAGCACAUAGUUGUCGUUUAAGACCAGAAUAUAGUCCAGAACCAACACAACCAAACUCAGACAUGUUAGUUCUGGAUUCAGAUGGUAAUUGGAACAUAGAAAAUACUUUAGAAGAAGAAGAAAGAAUUAGAAAUGAAGAUGAAGAAGAAAAACAAUUAAAUGAAAAAGGAAAUAGCAGUGAAGCGAUUGAUGAUUCAGAAGGUGAAGAAAUUAAAAUAGUGAAGAACAAAUCAAAAAUUAAGGACAUCAACUGGUGA